UGUCAUAGCAACGGACUGUUUCUCACAAUAUGGCGGCUGCCAGGCAAUAACAGAUUCACUCGACCAAACAUGAUUUGGAGCUAAAUAAUAUCAAAGAUCCGCGUAUUCCAGGAGAAACAAGAAAAAUAGACAAAGAAUUAAAACAAUAGAGAAUCCAUAAGCGCAGGGAAAUGUCGGCAACAAGCAACGCAAGCCCUUUUGUGACAGGAUUUUCAAGCCAAUGUUUUCCAGUUCGGAGUUUGACAAAUUAUAAACGCGUCGACGAAGGCGGAGCCUGGCUUGUGGCGUACCGCGCCGAGCAGCGAAGACGAUUCAAAGCCGUACUGUGCAAUGAGCCUGUCUCACCAACAGUACCAUCAGAGAAACGACAGGAGAAGAAACCGAGCAGUCCUGAUCUUACAACCGAGGAGACCAAACCUAAGAAAUUGGAUGGAUUUUAUCUGAUGAAGAAAUUCUACUUGGAGGACCCGUCAGAUUUGUGUUCUAUCAAGGUCAGCGGUGAGGAGCUGAAAGAGGCUGCAGGAGAUGACUUUCUUUUGUUUGACAAUGUGGUGCAUGUCGAUGUGGGCGAUAACAACCUCCCUUUUGAUGCAUUCAAGAACUUCAUAUCUCUUCGUGAACUUGAGAUGCCUUUAAACAACAUCUCUGGUAAUAUACAUCUUGAGACGUAUGACUUUGGUCAUCUUGAAAAGCUAGACCUGUCCUACAACAGGCUGACUGGAGCAGAUAUUCUGGCACUGGGCCUCAUGGAAAAUCUUAGAACACUUCACCUCACAGGGAAUGAAAUCAGGCGAUUACCUAUUGAAAUGGCAAGGACUUACCGUACAAUAACUGGAAUAACUGCAUCUGGGACAGUCGAGUCACAGGACAGGAAGGUGCGAUUUAGCAGACUGGAGAAUCUGUAUCUUGAUCACAAUGAACUGACAGACACUUCAACAUUUGCAAGCUUGGCUGGACUCAAGAGGCUUAAGUACCUCAACCUUGAGCACAAUGAGAUUACUUCUAUACCUCACCUCCGAUUACUUGGGGCCCGGUUACGGCAAAGUGAAGACCUUGGCAGCAAGGGUGACCCCACAGAGCCUACAGAGUCUUCGCCUCAACAGGAGCAUCCCGAUGAUGUCCAGGGUGUCAAGGAAGGUGCUGAUGAAGAGAAGGAAGCAAGCGACAAAGAGUUUGAAAUGCUUGAUGAGGUUGAUGAGAUACUCAGUCGCACCAUGCCUGGGAAUGAGAAGGAGGAAGAAGUGGAAAAGAUCGGUCUUCGUCCACAUUCGAGUUCACUGACAGAGGAUGCAUCCCUUCUUGGUGAUAAAUACCAUCCACCCUUGCCAUUUCCCUCCCUGCUUCACUUAAAUCUGGCAAACAACAUGAUCUUUGAGGAAGAAGGAUUGCUUGCCACCAUGGGAUGGCCGCUCCUGAGGGAACUGAUCAUCUGGGGCAACCCGCUAACAACUGCAUUCAAAGGAGACCCCCCUGUCCUAUCAAUGCAGCUAGCGAGGAUGAAGGGGGUCCGCAUCUUCCGACAAAAACCUCCAGCCAAGAGACCAAGACCGCCUGUAAACCUUAUGGCUAAUGCAACUUAUAGAAAGGUUCAUGAGGCCUUGCCUGCAGUUCCAAGGAAACGCAACUUGCUCAUGCUAGAAGGCCCACCUAAGCCUGACGCCAUAGCAUAUGUUGGGCCACACCCACGACCUCUACCUCCCAUCUCAGCACCUGCUGGCCUGGGCAGAGAUAGUGAGCCGGCGACCCCCCGCAACCUUUCAACUGCCCCUGCAAAGUCCAGCAACACUCCCUGGCGUGUGCCCUCAAGGUCCCACAGUGUGACACCGAAAUCACAGUACAAUGAGGACGUGAGGGAGGACGUGAGGUCAUCGGGAGAGCCUACACAGUUGCCAGGGGUGGGUGAGGAUGACAGUCGACAGCACAGGCAGGCACAGGCAGCCCGUCAGACGCAGAUGGACGAGGGCUUCUUUAUGACCCAGGUUGAUGAACAAGAGGGUACACAUCAAACAGAGCAACCCAAGGAGCAUCGCAAACGGAAAUCCCGGCGGGCAAAACAUGAGCAUCCAAACAGACCAUUCAGCGUUGAAGCAAAGUACAAAGGCUUUGAGGACUUGUUAGACGUUGAUGAAACAGACCGUGAGGUUAUCAUCCCGAAAGAUAUCCAGGGCAGCAUCCGCUCACUGCACUUUGCCCUGGCGCACCCACUCAUCUUCACUGACUCUCAAGGAAACUACAAGGAGACAGACUCAAAGACAACUAAGGUAAGCGAAGUCUUGCCAAAGCCAUCCAAACAGAACAAGGUGGCGCAACUCGGAGAAAUCCUAGACAAAAUGCGGGUCCAGUCCAAGACAGUGGAGUCCAACCUUGAAAAAGUGUUGAGCAAUUACAGCAAGGAUCCAAUACUUAGACAGCAGUUUCCAAAAGCAAAGACGCUUCUAGGAGAGGUACAAAAGAAAUACAACGAGGUCCGCGUAGCCUCGCUUCGAUCAAACGCCACGGCACGUGACUUGGUAAAGGUGGAAAACAAUGACCCUCCACGAGUGGACUCGGAGGAUUUGGACGCCCUACCGCCCGAUUUCCUCGAAGAAGAAAAAGAAGUCCUGCAAGAACUUAGAAAAUUUAAAAAGAAACUAGACACCAGAAUCUAGAGUUAUAUUUUACCGAGUUUUCUAGAGAAAAAUCAAAAUGCAUUUCACAAAAGUGUACAUAAAUAUGAUAGAUUAUUUAAUAAACUUUCAUACCAUUACUCAGAA